UGUAAUCCUUAUGGUUCAAACUAGCGCAGACACGCCUUCUCCUUCUUUGCAGGCACAUCAUCGCGCACAUAUCGUUUGGUUCUCCAAGAAAAGCUCCGCUACGCUUACUUGCUGAACGCUGUUUUCUUUACUCUUUGGCUGACCUCUUUCUGUCAAUUUUUGCCUCAAUCAUCUUUUCAACAGUUCUUCUUGCGGAAGCAUAUUAUGUGACGCAAAUUAGUUUGGUUAAAAUUACGAGGAAGUUGUUUAACACCAAUCACUUAACAAUAUGAGCAUCGAGCCAUUUAACAGGUUGGUUAAACUUGCUGCUCGGGCGUUUUAUGAUGACGUGACAACAAAAGGAGAUAAUCAACCAAAGACGGGUCGAGGGGAUAAUAGAGGGAUUGCUGUUGUAGUUCUUGAUGCUCUUACAAGGAGACAAUGGGUUAGGGAAGAAGAUUUGGCAAAGGAGUUGAAACUCCAUUCAAAGCAACUUCGGAGGAUUUUACGGCUAUUUGAGGAAGAAAAAUUAGUCACCCGUGAUCAUAGAAGAGAGACGGCUAAAGGGGCAAAGAUUUAUAGUGCUGCAGUUGCUGCGACGGCUGAUACUCAAACGGGUGGGAAAGAGGGAGAGGAGAAGAUUAAACUGCACACUCACUCUUAUUGUUGUCUAGAUUAUGCACAGAUAUAUGAUGUUGUUAGGUAUAGGAUGCAUCGUAUGAAGAAAAAAAUAAAGGAUGAACUUGAGGACAAGAAUACUGUUCAGGAGUAUGUCUGCCCUGGCUGUGGGAAAAGAUACAAUGCUUUGGAUGCAUUGAGAUUAGUUUCUUUGGAGGAUGAAUAUUUUCACUGUGAAAGAUGUAAUGGAGAAUUGGUGGCAGAGAGUGACAAGUUAGCCGUGCAAGAUGUAGGAGAUGGAGAUGACAAUGCACGACGACGACGGCGUGAAAAGUUGAAGGACAUGCUUCAGAAAAUGGAGGUACAGCUUAAGCCAUUAAUGGAACAACUCAACAGAGUAAAAGAUAUGCCUAUUCCAGAAUUUGGAAGUCUCCAAGCAUGGGAAGCUCGAGCAAGUGCUGCUGGGCGUGCUGUAAAUGGUGAUUCUGGUUCUAAUGAUCCUUCCAAAAAUUCUCAGGGUUAUGGUGGCACACCUAUGCCAUUUCUUGGGGAGACAAAGGUUGAAGUUGCCUUUUCUGGUCUUGAUGGCAAGGAAGAUGUCAAGUCUGAAAGUGCUAGCACAUCCCUGAAAGUUUUGCCACCUUGGAUGAUAAAGCAAGGUAUGAACCUGACGAAGGAACAACGUGGAGAGGUCAAGCAAGAGUCAAAGCCAGAUGGCAGCUCAGCACAACCAGAAUUUUCAGAUGACAAAAAGUCCACUGUUGAAAAUGACGAUAAGAAGAAGAUACAGGACGAGUAUCUUAAAGCUUAUUAUGCUGCUUUGUAUAAGAAACAACAAGAACUAGAAGAAGCUGCUAAGAAACAACAAGAAUUAUCAGACAUUCCUCUAGCCACUGGUCUUUCUGACUCUUCCAAUCGUCAAGUUGGUAUGAAAGCUAAACGUGAUGACAAUGAGGGAGAAGAUGAUAUUGAUUGGGAAGAAGCUCCUGUUGCUGGCAAUACAACUGAGAGUUAUAAGGUCAAUGAUUUGAAUGUGGAAGCAGAAGAAUCUGGAGAUGAUGAGGAUGAUGUAGAUUGGGAGGAAGGCUGAAUUAAUUGUUCAGCUUCCUGUGAUGUGUAUGGCAUUGACAAAGGGUAAUGGGUGGUUUAUAUGUCGCACUCGUUCUCGUAUAAUUAUGUGCUCUUUCAAAGAUAUGAAGCCCCUUCUAAGUGUUCGUUAGUAACAAUCAGUUUCAUCUAUCAUUUUUCUGACAUUGUGCCAACAGUUGCUGAGGGAAGUCCAAAAGAUGAUUUUUAUUUGGUCUUAAUAAAUGGAUUUGGCGAAGUUGUUGUGAACUAUGGACAAAGCAAGCGGUAGUGUUACAAAAGCGUUUUUAUCAUAACUUGCAAGUCUGUUUCUCAGUUGUACUUUCUAGUUUGUGUUUUUUUUUUUUUUGGUUUUUACCAAAGGAACCUGAAGUGUUAAUUUGAACACUGUAUUCUAUGUAGAAAAAACAAACAUCGGUAAGAAGACAAUUAUCUUCGUUGCCAUGUCGUUUCUAUGCUUUGCAACAUAUUGCAGAGAUUCAAAUUCAAAACUCAAAACUUGUUGGAUGCUCA